GCCGCCGUGUGCAGGCGCCUGCGGGCGGUAUCCUCGGCGACGCCGUGUGGCGGCCAGGGCGAGGCCAUGUACCGGGUGCCCGAGAUUUAUGCGAGGAGGAAGCGGUUAGGUGGGCAGACCCCUUACUUGAUGGAUCAGUUGGGAUUACGAUUAGGGAUGUGGUACUGGAAAGAUGAAACCAGAACUCUUGAGUUCAGAAGAUUUGCUGCAGAAGAUUCUGUCCAGUGGCUCCUGAAACAUCACCCUCAUUUUACACCUGCAGUAGAAGGCAAGGAAAAAGGAAAGAAAGGCAAAGCAGUUCACUUUGCAGAAAUUGAUGGUCCAGCUUCAGACAGGUUGACAGAUAAAAGACUUGCUGCGAAAGAUGAUAAGUCAGCUAAAGCUUUAGAGAAACGAGGUCAACAGGGCACCAUUACACUGGAUGAUGUUAAAUUUGUUGCCUUGCUUUUGCUACAAGAUACUGAGAUGCAGCGGAUCUGUUCUUUUACAACAUUUAUGAGGAAUAAGAAUCUUGAUAAUUUCCUCAUGGCAUUAUUGUACUACUUAUCUCAUUAUUUGGAAAAAAACUCACUGGAAAAGAAACCCAAAAGCUAUAUGGUAGGCCUUGUAGAGAAAAAAGAAAUGGAAUUGGUUUUAAGUGAAUUAGAAGCAGCACAGAGGUACUUGGCGCAGAAGUACUGUAUCCUUGUGCUGGGCUUGGCCAUGCCGGAUAAGCAUCACAUGUGCUGUGGAAAGGAGAAAAUAUCAGAUACACAGAAAGACUGGAAGUUCUUUGAGUCCUUUUACACUUUCUGUACAUAUGUGGCUUGGAUUGUCUUCCGACGUCAACACUUGACAGAGAUUGAAGAAGAAGUAGGGAGACUCUUUCGUACCAAUAUGUUCAACAUUCCUCGCAGGAGGCGUGAAGAUGAGGAAUCAGGAGGGGAAAAGAAACGCAUGACUUUUGUUCAGUUCAGGAGAAUGAUGGCAAAACGCCCAGCAAUUAAAAAAGCUAUCAACAUGCGUUCUCCAGUCAUGUCUACUCUGCUGCCAUCUCUCAGAGAAAAAGCUCAAAACGUCUUUGAGAAAAAGUAUCAUCAAGUAGACGUCAGAUUCCCAGCCAAGAAGCAAAAGCAUGUGGGAACUCUGGACUCUGUGCCCAUGCCAGUAGUUGGCAUCUUGGGGGAGCCUCGAUGUCUAUUCAACCCGCAUACGCUUCAUCCCCUUGAUCCAGAAGAAAACACAAAAUCAUUUGGGAGACAUCCUUCCUUGAUGGAAAAAAAUAACAUGAGGAUUCAGGAUACACUGGACUUGGUCAUGAAAACACUGUCCUCUCAAACAUCAUGCCCUAAGUAACCUGGUACAUUCCAUAUCUCAAGUAAACUACUUUGACUUUAUAGAAGAUGGUUAUUCGUUAUUAUUAUUAAGCUUUUAAAAUUUUUCAAAUUAUCCGGUUAAAAGUUGAACA